AUGAGAAGGAUUGCAGCACAAAGUGAGACAUAUAAAGAGUUCCUUUUCAGUGACGCGGUUGAUGUUGACGCGGUUGAUGUUGACGAAGAAGAAGAACCACGGGACGGGACUGAUUCUGAUGACGAUACAGAUGAAGAAUACUCUGGUGAUCAUUCACUCGCACCAAUGAAGUGGCUCUCCAUCAAUCGAGACUCAUCUAUCAGGCCAGAGUCUCGUGUCACAACAAAGACAUUUCUUCUGCAGACUGCAAUUUCGAUUCUCAAUGAAGCGUGGGCAAGAAGACACGGUGAUAGUUUCGUCGUGGAAGAGGAUUUAACAUCUUUGCAUAUGUUGCGACAGGCUGUUCAGAUUUACUGUCUGCUGGAGUUUCACAUCUUUACAGUAAUAGAGAAAAGACCCGAUAACCGUUACAUUACGCGCUGCUCAUCCUGUGGCGGCAAGAUUCUUGCUUUUGACACUGAGUGUUCGCUUAUUGAUAUGCAAGAUAAACAUUUUUGUGAGAUUCCAAAGUUGAUCAAAAAAACCUUUUGCAGACGCCCUGUUGAAGUCAAAAGCCAAGAGGAGUCCCUGCUCCAAAAUGUGUUUCAGAAGUUGAGACAAGGUGGCUAUUUUAAACUGAAUAAACACGGAGUGGAGAUUGAUAAACAAGGAUACGCUAAAGACUACUUGUUGAUGGCAAAAAUAAAAAAUUGUGCAAUAGCAAAUGUUGCGAGUGGAAUCUUUGAGUGGCUUCAAGAUUUUGAGGAGAGUCAAGAGAGAAAAUGUCGCAACAAUCCACCAGAGACGCUCUCCAAUCAAAGGCAAUUUGCACACAAAAUCAGUGUUCUUAUCAUCAAUAAUAUGACCUCAAAUACAGCGGAAAAAGUAUCACACGCAGUUGAGGAAGAGAUUCCCGAGACUAUGGGAUCAUUUAUGGAAUCAGUAAAUGGUGGUGUUAAAAGAGCGCUAUCAGGAACUGUUUAUGCUCGAUUCACAGACAGAACAAUGAAAUCUGAUACGACAAUGCAGAUGUUAUUGGCCACGCUUUUAACCGCAAAGGGUGAUGCUUUCAAAGAACGCAGAAUGCGGACUCGAUUGGUUUACAUUUUUGUUCACAUUCUUCAAGAAGAAUAA